AUGUCAACCGCAAAAACAUUUGCCAAACAUAUUUCGUUUGAUGAUUUGGCACCUUCUUUAAUUGAUGAUCAAGCUACUAUUAUUAAAAAUGACAGCCACCAUGUCGGGCUGAAUAAUCAUUUCUUACAUAUACCUCCACAAUUUAAUCCAGUUUACAGAAACAGUUUGACCGGUAGCCAAGGUUCUAGUGAACUUACUGGUGAUGAAAAUCUGGAUUCAUCUGAAGUCGAAGGAGCUUCUCCACCGGCCCGAGUAGAAAGUCCAACGUUUACAGCACCUGGAGUCCCUCAGUUAUAUACGCAGAUGUUUUCCCCUGCAGCGCAUGACCCUUCCAAAAGCUAUCUUAGGUCACCCAGCAAUGAAAGAAGUAGGAGUGAGUCUCCGAUGUUCAGGUCGAGAAGAAGAGCUUCAGUGAGAUUACCUCCUCCCCCAAAAAUCUCUGUGUUAAAAAGGUCCUUAAAAGCCGCAGAUGAACAGGGGACUAUUGAAGAUAUUGAUAUCGGAGACUUAGAUUUUGACGUAGAGAGGAAAAUGACCAAAAUGACUGAAAGGAAUACCCAGAAAAAUUCCGGAUCGAGGAAGGGUUAUACACAAGCUGCAUUUGCAAAUCUUAAUGAAGUUGAGGAUAGAAUUGAAACAAAAUCGAUGGUGGAUUUAUCUGAAACUGAAAAUUCGGAGAAGUCAAAGAAAAGAUCCAAAUCGUUUGCUGGAAUGACAGAUGAAGAAUUAACAAAGCUGGAAGAAUUUUAUAUAAGCAAAGGGAGAUCGAACAAAACUAAAAUAGAUCAAUUUGAUUUUAGUGAGCAACUUCCGGUCUAUAUGGACACAACCGUAUCAAAGACAGAUUCAGAAAAUGUAACGGAUCCUUUGGCAGCAAUUUACCCAUCAAGACCUACAAUUGUUCAUAAUGCAAUUUCAAUGACCAUUGAUCACCCGCAUUAUGAGAGUUACGUAUCCAAGAUAAAAGACAAGCUUAAUUGUAAGGAGAAAAAUGACGAGGUUGAUUUAAGAGUUGUUUCAUGCUAUAUAUCGGGCAGAAGGUAUACCUGGUCAUCAGUAGAUUGGUAUGUUGAAAAUUUAGCAAGAGAUGGUGACCACCUAGUCAUAAUUACCACAAUUCCUGAGUUUGAAGCCAAAAUUGAUACCUUGGCUUAUAAGGAAAAAAGAAAACACCGCUUGGAAAGAAUGACCAGUGAUACUAGUGAAAGCAUGACCAUGGCAUCGCAUAAUCUUGCCAGUCCUGACACAUCAAGUUCAUUAUCCAUCGGCAUGAGAAUCGAAGCUAUUCAUAAUGAGGCAAAGCAGACUUGCUGUAACAUUUUAAAUUACUAUGCGAAAAGACUGGCAACCAAAACCGUUAGAAUUAGUAUUGAGAUGGUGAAAGAGGACUCAACAAGAUCUGCCAUAAUUUGUGCGACUUCUCUAUAUGUACCGAGUUUACAAAUAAUCAGUACUGUCAGCGCCAACAUUCAAAUCAAGUUCAGAAAUGGAAAAGUUAAGUUGCCAUUCUUUUUAAUGAAGCACUUUGCCAUGCCGGCAUUUGUCGUCCCGUUCGAAUUCAUCAAACCACAGCUUCUAAUCAAACCCAAAACAGAUAAAACCGACAGUGAAGAUAAGGAAGAAGGAGUUGACGAUUUGAAGACAAAAGUAAAGAAAGAGGAAAGAUCGCAAUGGUUAAGUGAACUGAUCAAGAGAACUUUAGAAAACCCCUUCACCAAACAUAAAGUAGUUGAUUCGGAUAAUAAUGAAAGCGAUAGCGAUGAGUCAGUAGCCUCCAUAAAUGAAUAUUUCCCAAUUUCACCCGAGAAAAAGCAAGAAAUGGAAUUUUUUGACAAGAUGGGAUAUGUGAGGCCAAAGCCGUCAAGACAAGUACUAUUGGACGAUAACACACUCAUGAAAUACGAUAGCUCUGGCCGGAAAUUAACUCCCGUUGAGUCAAAAAGUUCACGGCGCAGUUCCAAGCGCAGUUCAAGAAUACAGUUUAACAACAACGGGAUUUAUAAAGUAAAAUCCAUGGUAGAUGAUAUUUAUAAUAAUGACGCUGCCUCUACGCCACAUGCCAAAACUGCACUGAAAUGGGACAACGAAGAUCCAAAAUCAAAAUUCACCUCACAUCCGAUGAGAAAAACGAAAUCUGCGGGCCUAUCACCUAGAACAUCCUCCACUUCAUCUCAUUCAGGGCAACGAAAGUCCCAUCAUCACCAUCAUCAUCACAGCCGCGUUUCAAGGACAAAAACUGCCGAAAGUAGCAAAUCAGCCAACAGCAAGAAAGGCAGUUCCUCAUCCUCAACAAGUGAACUUCAAGUUAAGAAGGAUGGAAAAAAGAAAAAAAGUAAGUUUGGUUCGAUCUUCAAAAAAGUGUUUGGUUGA